CAGCCAAACAAGAUGGAGAAGUACGAGAAGAUAAAAGUGGUCGGCAGAGGAGCGUUCGGGUAAAUAACACGACAACAUACAGAAAAACAAUCCUAGACUUUUAGCUGAAAUGCCCACCCUGAACUCCUCAGUUCGAGAGCUUGAAAUAAGUUGUUUUUACCCUCAAAGCCCAAACUUUACCAGACUGAGCUGAAGGCGCUCCGGCAGAGGAGCUGCACAGCCUCUCACCGCAGAGCUGCUUUACCACAGGACUUUACAUCAAAACUGAAAGCGGUGAUGUAAGAUGAAAAGUGGAAGACUUUAAAAUGUAACCUAGGAAUGAAAUGUAAGUUAACUAGCUAACUAGCUAAGUUAGUUGCUGAUGUCCACAGUGUUUUCAGCACUGCUAAAGCUUAGCUAGGUUAAUUAACUACAGUGUCGGGGUUUAUUACUUUAUUGCUAUAUAAAAUAGCGUAGCUAACGUAUUUAUCAAAUUAAACAGGCAGAUGCUAUUUACACAUUUACAUUUACAAGUACAAAAAGAAUGAUGUUGCUAUUUACACAGUGUUUAACAUCAUGCUGUUUGCACUUACAUUAUUUUAAACUAUUUCUUGGUAUUGCUUCAGCAGUGUUAAUCCAGCUAUAUUUCAGCAGUAAAAUUAUUCUGUACUUGAGGUUAUUGUUACCAACUUCUCUCUCUCUCUCUCUCUGGGUUACUGUCCCUGUUUGAUUGGUUACUGCUAUUGUCUACAUCAACACUUGCUUAUAUCUGUAUAUGUGCAUUUAAAAAAAAUCUAAUUUGUCCAUAUGAUUGGAAAGAGUAAUUAUAUUUUUUGUUUUUAUUUAAGACAAUAAUAAUAGUAAUAACAAAAAUAAUAAUACUAAUAAUAAUAAUUUAGAAAUAUGAGAUUAACCAAAAUACUCUCUUACCUUAAACUCCCCAUAAUUCAAAUAUAAAAAAAGCAUUAACUGUCAAACUAUAAUGCCAAAAUAAUAGCUGAUGAAAAUAGUGUGCACAUUCCCCUUUUGCCAAGAUGGGGAAUCAAACCCUAGUUUUACACCUGAAAUUAUUACUGUUUGAUUCAUAUUUUAAUUAAUUAUUUAUUGAAUACUUAUGUGGGGUGAUUGGAGAAUUGCAUUCACUUCUGUUCUGGUUAAUACUAAAUAACCUUACUCUCUAAUUCACCCUUGAACACAGGUUUUCUCAAUGCUGCCUUAGUUUGGUCAUGGAAGGUAUGAAUAAUACAGCGUUUUGGUGUGUUAUCAUCACCCGAUUUACCAGGCGGAGUUAGUACAAAUAGCCAGGCUGUGCGGUUAAUGCUAUUCUCACUUAGUGUAAAUAGACACUGUCAAUUAAAUAUCACAUAUUUAUCAUAAAAUGAAAUGGGAAUUAUGACACCAUAUUAUAUUUUGCAAAAGGAAGUUCUUCCCAACCUGACAUUCAGUAUCUUGUUUUGUUUGGAUUCUUUAUGUUUUCUUCUCAAAAACACUUCUUCUUAAAACACAAGAAUUCUUCUGUUAUUGCACCAAAGGACACAUUUUCAGAAAGUAAACUUACUGUUCAUUUAGUUUUGAUGAGUUUUGCCAGAAAAGCUUACAUUACAGUUAACUCUCAUGUCCUAGACACCUUUAAUAAAGUACAAAAAUGUAACAGAAAACUAACAAACAAAUCACUUGGCAACAGGAACAUUGCUGUUUUCUGUGCAUGAUAUCACAAUGUAUUAAAAUAUUGCUAAAUGGAAAGCAGCAUUGCAGUUAGUCAGUAUCUUGGAGUACUGGUAUAGAGGAUUCAUUGGCCAGCACAACUAUAAUGUAUUUUUGUAUUGCUAGGUGAAUACAUGUAUUUGGUACAUCCUUGAAUAACUGACUUUCAGUACAGAAAGAGGCCAACUAGACGUGAAAGUGUCUGAGGAAUUCUUUAGCACUGUGUUACCGAACUCCAUUCCUGUUUCAUGUUAUCCCUGCACCUGAUCAUUAUCAUUAUCCACUAAUCAUCAUCAUUAGCUAAUGAUUAAGUUCUGCAUGAGCUAAAUCAGUUGUGUUAGAUCAGGAAAACAAAAACGGGACUGUGGAGUGCUGGCAGGACUGGAGGUGGGAAUCACUGAUUCAGUUUUUAAGCAUAGUGCACCUCUGCCGGCGGCGGACUGAUGGGGCUUUAGUGAUCCUAAAGGAAAUCCCGGUGGAGCAGAUGACACGGGACGAGCGUCUCGCUGCACAGAACGAGUGCCAAGUGCUCAAAUUACUCAACCACCCAAACAUAAUUGAAUAUUAUGAGAAUUUCCUGGAGGACAAGGCACUCAUGAUUGCAAUGGAAUAUGCACCAGGUGGCACACUUGCAGAUUACAUCCAGAAGCGAUGCAAUUCUCUGCUGGAUGAAGACACCAUACUGCACUUCUUUGUGCAGAUCUUAUUGGCCCUUUACCAUGUGCACAACAAACUCAUUCUUCACCGAGACCUCAAGACACAGAAUAUUUUACUAGACAAGCACCAGAUGAUAGUCAAAAUAGGUGACUUUGGAAUCUCCAAAAUUCUAGUUAGCAAGAGCAAAGCUUACACAGUUGUCGGGACACCUUGUUACAUCUCUCCUGAACUGUGUGAAGGAAAGCCGUACAACCAGAAGAGUGACAUUUGGGCCCUGGGCUGUGUGCUCUAUGAACUCGCCAGCCUCAAAAGAGCUUUUGAGGCAGCUAACCUACCAGCCUUGGUGCUAAAGAUCAUGAGUGGCACUUUCGCUCCAAUUUCAGACCGAUACAGCCCCGAGCUCCGGCAGCUCAUCCUCAACAUGCUCAACCUGGAUCCCUCCAAGCGGCCCCAGCUCAAUGAGAUCAUGGCCCUUCCUAUUUGUAUCCGGCCCUUGCUCAACCUCUACACUGACAUCGGCAAUGUCAAAAUGCGCAGAAUUGAAAAGCCGCUGUCCACCGUGCAGACAGGCACUCAUGGCAGACCUGGAGGACGAGUAACUGGAACCAGAACCAGAGGUGGUCUGUCUAGCUUAAGUUCCACAAAGAUGAUGCACUCUCUCCCCUUGUCAUCGGUGUACACAUGGGGCAGCGGCAUCUCCGCGCCUCUGCGUCUGCCCAUGCUCAACACGGAGGUGCUGCAGGUGUCCCUCGGCCGCACCCAAAAGAUGGGCGUCACCAAGUCUGGGCGCCUCAUCACCUGGGAGGCUCCUUCUGUAGGCUCUGGCGAGCCGUCCCUGCCUGGCGCUGUGGAGCAGAUGCAACCACAGUUCAUCUCUCGCUUCCUGGAGGGCCAGUCUGGUGUCACCAUCAAAUCAGUCUCCUGUGGAGAUCUUUUUACAACCUGCAUGACAGACAGGGGCAUAAUUAUGACAUUUGGAAGUGGCAGCAAUGGAUGUCUGGGACAUGGAAAUUUCAAUGAUGUGACACAGCCCAAAAUAGUGGAGGCUCUCCUGGGUUAUGAGCUGGUUCAGGUGUCCUGCGGGGCCUCGCAUGUGCUGGCUGUGACCAAUGAGAGAGAGGUGUUCUCCUGGGGAAGAGGAGACAAUGGUCGUUUAGGGCUGGGCAGUCAGGACACCCACAAUGCCCCGCAGCAGGUGAAUGUCCCAGCUGAAUUUGAAGCCCACCGUGUGCUGUGUGGAGUGGACUGCUCCAUGAUCAUCAGCACCCAGCACCAGAUAAUGGCCUGUGGCAGCAACAGGUUUAACAAACUUGGACUGGAUAAGAUCAGCGAUACAGAGGAGCCGCCCUCUUGUUAUCAGGUGGAGGAGGUCCACAUUUUCCAGUCUGUCCAGUCAGCUCCACUAAAUGUAGAGAAGAUCGUAUACAUUGAUAUCGGAACGGCCCACUCUGCCGCAGUGACGGAGAAAGGUCAGUGCUUCACCUUUGGCAGUAACCAGCACGGGCAGCUUGGCUGCAGCUCUCGCCGCAGCAGCAGAGUGCCCUACCCAGUGCCAGGGCUGCAGGGCGUCACCAUGGUAGCGUGCGGAGAUGCCUUCACUCUGGCUAUUGGAGCAGAGGGCGAGGUGUACACCUGGGGGAAAGGAGCCCGUGGCCGCCUCGGGAGGAAAGAGGAGGAUUCUGGGAUACCGAAGGCAGUGCAGCUUGAUGAGAGCCACCCAUUCACGGUUACAUCAGUGGCUUGUUGCCAUGGCAACACACUCUUGGCUGUGAAACCUUUUUUUGAAGACCCCAUCUCAAAGUGAUCUGUCCAUCUCAACGACGGCUGCAGAAUUUAAACACAACGUCAUUUGGAAAAGUUAAUGAAGAUGUGGUGCAGUGAAGACAUCGAAGACUUUGCAGUAUUUCAAAGCAUUAUAACAAUUAUUGGAAAGUGCAAUAGUUAAUAGUAUCUCUGGUUUGUAAAGCCUUAGGUGAUGCCUUUUUUUGUGAAUGAAGUGCCUGAGUAAUGUUAUGCUACCAUUAGCGAACAGUGAGGGGGUGAACAAAUCAUGUAGAGGGUUAAAACAUGACAUGAGGUCUUGGCUCUUGCAUUAACUCGAAGGAGACACCUUUUGUCUGAGUGUUUGUUUUCAGACCACAAAGUCAUUAUAUGACACACUCCCAGGAAGUUAUACAGGUUCUGUGGCUUUAUGCUGAGACAGAAAACAAUGCAUGUCAGAAGCUACUACAGAGCACAGCUGGCCACCAAAGACCUACAGCACUACCCAGCUCCUCAGUGGGAGAGUGUGUUUGGAUUUUGUCCAUGACCAGUGAUAAAUCAUUUCUAUUUAAAUGUAACAGCAUGAUUCCCAAGGUGGAGAUUAUUAUCAGUGUUUUUAUUUUUUAAGUAUCUGUAUUUUGCCAAAAGGCUUAUCCAGAGUUUGAAAAUGUAUAAAUAAAUAAACAAAUAUAAAUGAGUUACCCA